AUGGGGGAAGAGCAGGAGUCCCAGCUCCGAAGCACAGUCACGUGGUUGCUGAACUGCGACCUGACCAAACUGCACCCCCUGGUGGCCCAGGUGCCCCUAGCCUAAUGCAUGCUGUUGCUGCUGGCCUUGGAGAGUGCCUGUGCCAACGUGGACAUGUGCCAGGCCGCUGGGCACCUGGUCACCAUGGCCACCCUGAAUUCCCAGCACUACAUGGUAGGCUACGAGAAGUUCUUCGGGCUCCACCUGGAGGAGAUGGUGGAGAAAGCCGUGCAGGAGGCCGGCUGCCUGGUGCUGAGGUGUGAUCACUGCCCCGUCAGCUACUCCAAGGCCUGCUCCAUCAAUGAGGGCAUCUGCUUUGUGGUGGCCCAUAAGGGCCCUGGCAUCUGA